AUGGCUUCUGGUCCUCCCGCCCACCAUCUGCGGCCCCCGAUCCCCCACGCCGCCCCCCGCGCGCUCUCAGAGCCUCCCCCAGACCACCCGACGCGUGCAUCACUCCAAUCCCACCCCGCCCCCGACGACCCCGCAACGCACUCGGCUCCGCCCCCCGCCUCCGGCUCCCUCACUGCCGCGCUCGCUACCCCGCAUGAUGCUGUUCUCGCGGAGCUCCAGGGCCCGCGCAGCCCACCUCAGCCGAGCGCGAGGGCCAUCACAGAUUCUGCCAGAACCGCUCCGAAGCUCAGCGUCAUCCCAAGCGUCGGCUCGCAGGAACGUGCUGACCGCACCCCCAGCCCGUCGCCAGGCGGCGCUCGCUCCACCGCGUCCUCCCCCGGUACCACCCAGGAGGCCCUCUACGACCCCUUCUCCGGCGCACUCGUGGGCGUGAUGGUCCCCAGGAAGCAGGACAGGGAGCAGGAACGCGACGCCGCGGCGGAGCACUUCGAGCAGACACGGGAAGAGCUGUGGACGCGUCUCGCAAGCAUCCGCGAACUGCAAAGCGCGGUCGCCAGCAUGCAUGUCCAGAUGGAGGGUACUGGUCUCAGCGACGCGCGGAAUGCGAAGCGGGCGGCGGGCGCUGCCGGCCGUGUGCACUCUGACACGAUCCACGUUGGUGAGGACUGGGACGAGCCCGAUGGUGCGGCGGACGCCGCCGAGGAGCAGCGCAAACGCGCACGCGACGCAGAGUUCAACGACCUAGCCGAGACCUUCAAGGGCAGGCGGAAAGCUAUCGAUGACAUUAUGGGCAAGCUCGGCGAGCUUUCCGAUGCGCUGACGACGUUCCACGCGCUCCCGACGCCCACUAUGGACUUUUCAGCGAGCCGCAGCAACACCAGGGACACCGUGCUGAUGUCCCCCGACUUAGCGGGGUCCCCCAUCGCAAGCACCGCAGCGUCGCCAUCACCCGAGUUCCCAGUCGCCAUCCCCAAAUUCGUCUUCAGCGAGGCAGACAAGAACGAGGGUAUCAUUCACGAGAGCCCUGUCUCCGCGCCCGGCGAGGUGCUUCCGCACGCGUCGCCCCCAUGA